AUGACUUCAGACGAUGAGCAAGAGACUUCUCCUACAGUGUGUUCAGAAGGUCCUGGUGAUGAGGAGACCGCACAGAGUUGUACAGGGAUGGGAGCAGAAGUAUAUCAAGGCAGAACUCCAGACAGGAUGACCAGCCUGCCAGAAGAUCCAGAAGGCUCCACUGAAGAGUCGCCAAGUACAGAAGACAAGAUGGAGCCCAAAGUAGAAAAAGCCAUUAGGAAGAUGAAAGCCCUGGAUGAAAUUUUACUGAAAAAGAUGGCAAAAGAGAAGGAGGUUAAAGCUCAAGGUCUGGAGAUCCGAAACCAACUGUGGGAAGAGCUCCAGCACGUGUCACAGCAGUCCUCAGCACGCAGCCAUGAGGAAAAUGUCAAUACCAACAAAUUUCUGGCACUGACUCCGCAGUUGGAUGACCCUGAAGCAGAUGCCACUGUCUUUGAGAAAAUAUUUCCACCUUUAUUUUCCACUCAAGUUCCACCAGAAGACUGUGAUGAGGACCUAGAAGACUGUCCAGGUAAUGUUUCUGGAAUUGAAAGUGGUGACUUAUUGAGCAUCAGUGAAAGAUCACGUCACAGAAAGCACAAAAAUAAAGACCAUAAAAGAACCGAUUUCAUCCAAAGGAACAUUGAGCUAGUGAAAGACGCCGGCUCCCAUGUCCUUCUCAUGGAUGACGAAAAGUUACGACUGGAGCAGCUGUUGGGGGAUAUUCAAGAUGGCUGCAGUGAUGAUGACAUCAUGGCCAGUGUAUCUCUUUGGCUUGUGCCUGGUGAAGGCUACACUCCAGAAACUGGUGACCUUGAUAGGCUGGCUAAGAUAGAAGCAGAACUGCAGAGGUUUUCCAGCACUGAAGACCCCGUUGUGACAUAUGAUGAUGAACUUGAGAUCUUGUUCCCAGAGCCAAAAGAGGACAUUUCAGCGGUCAAGUUUGGAAACCUAGAGACUGCACCAGGGGAGAAAGUUUUACGUUACACAAAGGAGUUGCGAGAACAGAAGACACGUCUGAAAGAAAUAGACCAGCGACUUGAAGACAUUCAACGAAGUAGCAGCACUGGCUUCAGCUCGCUGCCGUGUGACUCAUCUGUACAUAUUUUAUAGUGUUAACACGCGCCUUAUCCUCCACACAAUGUCUCUGUGUUUUUCCAAGCAGUGGGCGACAUGAUGUACAAACGAGAAGAAGACAGAAUGUGCUAAUUAUUACCAGACCGGCUCCUUGAUGGCCCAUACAUGUAGCUGAUGGAGGAGAAGGGCAAAGAUUCCAGCACAUACCAAGGGACUGAACCGAUCAGUGGAGCAUUUAUAAUUCUGUACAAUUGUUUGAAAUUGAAUUGUCAUGAAAUUUCAAUAAUCUGGCACAAGCCUAGUAUAUGAACCAGAAGGUGCCAAACGCCGAAGAAAUAACCACGUUUAAUAUAGAGGGGGUCCCUGGUCCAGGAGUCUAGAGCAGCCGCAAAGAGCAUCUCCCAUCGUGGAGUACCAAGCACAUCCAUGGACCACUCUUUGUUUUCAGUGGACGGUAUGUAAUGCUUCCUCUGCCCUGUGGUGGCGCUGCCAUGAAACUGAACACUUGCUGCUGGGUUCCUCCAGGGACACUCAACAUAUUAUUAGAUCCCAUCUAUCUAAAAAAAAAAGGGACUACUUUAAGACAACCCCUUUAAUGUUUUUUUUUUUUUGCAAACUCCCUCUUGGGCAGACCUGCAAAAAGAAGCAUUCUUACCUGCUUCCCGGUGCUGGCUCCUUUUCUCCCCAGCCUCAGAUGCUCUCCUGCGCUCCCAGGAUGUAAGCUUCUGUGUUGAUGCCGAUCACGUGACACAAGGGAAGCAGUUCGCCACCGCCAAUGAUUGGCUGCAGCAACGUCAAAACAGAAAUUUCUGUCCUGGCAACUGAGCGGGGAAGCCAAAGCUAGGAAGAGAAGAAGCCAUGAGCCAACGCCAGGAAGCAGGUCUUCCCAAGGGGUGGGGUUCAAAACACUCCCUCCGCAAAGGUUCACAAGCCCUUUGAAAAAGGCCAUCACCUUUCCUGACAUGUCUGUUUUAGAAACGACUUGCAUCCUCCUUUAAUAACUAUUCUGGAGCAUCUAUUCCUCUCUUAUUCGUGCAAGAGUUUAUGAAUGAAUUA